UCAAAAAUCCUUCUUUUCUGAGUCUCCAAUCGUCUGAUUUUGCUCCUCUUUCUGGGUAUUUGCCAAGUUCUGGUUUUUUAACCUUUCUAACCCUUGGGGGGAUGCUCUGUUAACCGUCGAUGCUCACAGCAAAGCGUGGCCACGGAUUCUCCAAGUUCCGUGCGCUAGUGCUAUCAAAAAUACCUCAUGGCCUUAUCUAAAGCGACAAUUCUUUUUCGCAUAGUGAAUACCCGAAACUGACCCUGCCCAGUAUCCGUAUGCAUGAUAGGACCCCUUCAAAUUUCUUGGGGAAAAGGGAAUUUGCAGGAACCUGUCACUUUUGUGCAAGAAUUAUCCGUUUAUGCUUUCACCUCAAUAGUACUGUCGCGUCAAAUAUUGCAUCUGUGAUUUUCGUUUUCAAAAGGAACAAGAAAGAGAACAGCAAAUGGUUGCUAAAGACUACGACCACUUGACAUGCGCGGUUGUGGAGGUGGGAAAAAUAAUGCGUAGUAUUGAGUUCUCAAGGCUCUUCUGGCUAUUCUUUGGGGUCUUCUCCCACGCAAGCCACGAGAGAGAGCCUCGGAUUUAAGAAUUUGCUUUAAGGAAAUAUAAAUUUUCUGCUCUUUUCUUUCCUUCUGCAAAAAGUUUUAUUUGCGAAUUAAGUAUUUUGAAGUACAGAAAGUGAUUGUUAGCUGGAGCAAAUAGCCAAGGAUCAAACAUGUAUGGCAGUAAAGAGCAUAAGGAUGAGAUUAAAGGACACCACGGUUAUGUGGAAACCGACCCAAGUGGUCGUUAUGGGAGGUUCGGAGACAUCCUUGGAAAAGGAGCAAUGAAAACAGUAUACAAAGCUAUUGAUGUGGUCCUUGGAAUAGAGGUAGCAUGGAACCAGGUCAGAUUCAACGAGGCACUUCGCACACCGGAUGAUUUGCAGCGGCUUUACUCAGAGGUUCAUCUUCUCAGUACCCUGAAGCACCAAUGCAUCAUAAGAUUCUACACCUCCUGGAUUGAUGUUGAUAACAAGACCUUCAAUUUCAUUACAGAAAUGUUCACUUCUGGGACACUGAGAGAAUACAGGAAGAAAUAUACGCAAGUUGGCAUACAAGCAAUAAAAAAUUGGGCUCGCCAAAUCUUGCAAGGUCUUGUUUACCUACAUGACCAUGAUCCUCCAGUCAUCCAUAGGGACCUCAAAUGUGAUAACAUAUUUGUCAAUGGCCAUCUUGGACAAGUGAAAAUUGGCGAUUUGGGACUAGCAGCUAUUCUCCGUGGUUCCCAGUCUGCCCACAGUGUUAUAGGCACCCCAGAAUUCAUGGCUCCAGAACUAUAUGAAGAAGAAUACAAUGAACUUGUUGAUGUGUAUUCAUUUGGCAUGUGCGUUUUAGAAAUGCUUACAUCUGAAUAUCCAUAUGGUGAAUGUGCUAAUCCUGCACAGAUUUACAAAAAAGUAACAUUGGGGAAGCUACCCGCAGCACUUUUUCGGAUUGAAGACACAGAAGCACGGAAGUUUGUUAGAAAAUGCUUGGUAGCUGCAGCAGAAAGACCAUCAGCAAAAGAAUUAUUGCUCGAUCCUUUUCUUUCAUCUAAUGACGCAUUAUCAAGUACAAAGUUUGAGAUUCAAAAGCCACUGUUGAAUGACAUUGAGAUAGAAAAGUUGCAUUUGACCGAUGGUUCACACAGGACUGGAAUGAAAAUCACGGGGAAGCUGAAUCCAGAGGAUGAUACAAUAUUUCUCAAAGUUCAAAUUACUGAUAAAGAUGGUUCUGCAAGGAACAUUUAUUUUCCCUUCGACAUUUUAACGGAUACUCCCAUUGAUGUUGCAAUGGAGAUGGUGAGAGAGUUGGAGAUCACUGAUAGGGAGCCAUUUGAAAUUUCUAGUAUGAUUGAAGCAGAGAUAGCCGCUCUGCUGCCACACAGGAGGAAGAGGGACUGCUUAGAUACCUUUCAUAUGUUCAAUUAUCAGAAUGAUGACAACAAUGACCCUCAAUAUCAUUUUGGCUCAUUAUCAUCUUGUUCAUCAUCCCAAGAAUCAGUAUCAGGCAUAGUCACAAAAGCUGAGGAGCUACCCAAUGGAUAUUACUGGCUCCAUGAUGACUUGGUCGAUGAUUCCAGUUCCCGAUGCUCUUCACAGGGGACAUAUUCCAACUUGAAUUAUGUUUCUGCGGAUGACCAGGAAUACAUUGUGACUCAUACCAGAAAAGAUAAAUUAUCAAUGCCUAAGAGUCAGAAAUGUAAAAUGUUUUCCCCUGGUGAAGACCUAAGCACUGGAUUGUCUACGUCUGGAACAAGUGGCAACCACUGUAAAGUUUUAGUGGGACCACAUGCUGCUGCAUCUACUAGUAAAAACAAGAAGGUAGACAAUCGUAGCUUGACAAGGAACAAUUCAUUUAUUGAUGUACAUAGCCAGAUGCUACACCGUUCCCUAGUUGAGGAGGUAAGCAAGAGACGUUUAUUCAAGACAGUUGGAGCUGUGGAAAAUAUUGGAUUUCAAAAUCCUCUUGAGGCUACCAGAAAAAAAUUACAGCCAGCUUUAGAUGUGAAAUCUUCAAAGAGUGGCAAGGGACAUGGACUUCGAAGUUCUUCUUUGAACAUCAAAAAUGAAAAGGAUAGAUAGCAUAAUCUUUUCUUCAAGGGAUAGAGAGUAAGAUCUUGCUGGUGUGUGGAGUCAUCAGAUUCAAGAACUGGUUGACAAUUGUGAAAAAAAUCCACCUCAAUAGGGUGUUAAUAAUACUUGUAAGAUGUACAUGGAGUAUGCUGUGCCGAACAGAAAUAAGUGCUUCUUGAAGAUGAAGCAAGUCUCCUCAGGGAAGCUGAAUCAGCAUGCACUAAUAUUUCCCAUAUGAGGAUAAACAAUGAAGCAAUUUCACCAAGUAAUGAGAUCGAUGGUGGUGGAUAGCUUUAUUACUUAUCUAUCUGGGUUCUCAUUUGAGACCGCAGAGUUGCAUGCUCUUGAUGAGUUUGUGGCUAUUACUUGCUCAGGUCGAUGCCACCAACACCAAGCGUAUAUGUGCAGUUAUUUUUUGUACGGAUUGUUAUGGUGACACGCAUUUUUCUAGUGUCAAUAAUUGAUACGUUAGUGCGAUAUUUGCUAGAUCUGGUUAAGCAUCGCAUACAGAAUACAUGAUGCGUGUGCCUGGCUUUUCUGGCUUGAAUUGACCUUUUCUUAA